GAGAGAGGGAGAGAGAGCGAGAGGAAGAGUGAGAGAGUGUGUAUUGGGCCACUAGGACGGAAUGUGCGACAGUCCUGAACGGGCCGUAGCUAACGGAGAGAGAAGCGUCCUAAAGACACAUAGAAUCGAACAGCAGCCCCGGGACGAGGCUAUUACCGUGGAGGCCCUUGGGGUGAACAUUUCACUUCACUUCUGUUUAGAGCGAAUUUGUCCUUCUUUCCUCUCCUGCGUCUGGUCGGUCGGACGGUUGGUGGAAUGGCAGAGAAGCGACGCUCCCCGUGCACUCUGAGCGUCAAGGCGCACGCGUUCUCGGUGGAAGCUCUGAUCGGCUCGGAGAAGAGACGGAAGCUCGGGGAGGACGACACUGGGGUGUGCUUUCUCGAGGAGGUCACCGAGGUGUUGGAGCUGCCCAGUAACGGAGGGGAGAGUAAGGAGAGGGCGUGCAACCACGCAAGCUACCGGGGAAGCGAGAUAGAGUGCGCUAGUGACGGCUCGCGUAAGUAAAGACUGUUACCGUGAACUGGUGACACCGAAGACGACUUAAAAUACACUCACCACCACUCCCGAGAAAAACUCACACUAAACUGAACACUGCGUAAUUACAUAUUAUGAGGCUACAACUAUUCUAACAGCGACUCAUUCUCAGGCGAAACUGAUGAAGGCCUAUCCUAUAACUGGCCCGAUAAACAUCAUCUAAUCUAUAUUUUCUUGUUGACCUGUUUUUAUUGCUCGUUGUUGUUGUUGUUGGUUGUUUUAUUACAACAAGACAAUGAUUUUAUGAACCGAAUGAUUGACAUUAACUAAAUUACCACUAGAGUGAAAUAAAAUGAAAUCGAUUACCUGCAACAACCAAGUAGGCUAUAAAAUAUCCUAUUAAUAACAACAGUAAAUAAUAAUUCUGUUAUACAUUUAGUCUAAACUAUUUACAGAAGCCAAAACAUCUGCACAGAGUUUGGGCCUAAUAUAUUUAUCUGGGUUCAGAAGCACAGAGCAUUUGAAACAUUUAUUAAAAUGCAUCUGAUUUAAACAUAUUUAUCUGGGUUCAGAAGCACAGAGCAUUUGAAACAUUUAUUAAAAUGCAUCUGAUUUAAACAUUAAUGAGGGGCUGAUAUGUUUGCCGCUCUAUUGUAGAGAUAUUAUAUAAUAUCCGGUUAUUGGUCGAGUAAAUAGAACCGCUGUGCGCGUGACUUAAUCAGCCGCUUUAUGAGUCUUGUUACAAUUAUAAACACCCCAAUUAGCUAUUACCAGCAGGAAGAAGGCCUCCGAAGAGAGACGUUAUAUGAACGGGUUUAGACGCGCGUUAAAAACACAGAAACACAACAAACUGUUAUAUUGUAAAAUAAUACAAAAUAUUAGUAAAACUAUUCCAUAUCAGCCUAGCUGUAUCUGUCAGAAAAUAGUGUUUUUGCUUCAGUAUCGAAUCGAGAGUGGUUUAUGGGUGAUCAUUUGGGCCAUUUCCAUGGAUGUUCUCCUCAUGGAUGGCUAGGCCUGGGUGUUGCACUGGGCUGACUGUGAUUCUAUGGUCUUUAUAUAUUACUGUAUUCUACAUUCAUAUAUUAUUCAUUUAUAUUUAACCUUUAUUUAUCCAGGGAGUCCCAUUGUCAGACCUCUUUUAACAGGCGGGGAGACCUGUCGAUGACACUAACGUUUUAAUAUGCCUAUUCAUAGAAUUUACUAGAAUAAAAUAGAAUAGAAUAUAACUUAAUUGUCAAUCCAAGGAUGAUAGAUGAUAGCAUAACAGGAGAGAUAAUAUGGUCCUAAUAUAAUUUAUGACCGUAGCGCUAUAGUUUAUUACAUUUAAGCCUGUCUGGUUGUGGGCUGACCAAUAUAGAACAUAUAUUGUUAUAUUGUCUGCGGCCUGAACACCCAUUUUGACAGCAACACAAAUGGUCCAGUCUAGUCUGGUCCAGUCUAGUCUGGUCAGGUCUGGUCUAGUCAGGUCUGGUCCAGUCUGGUCUGGUCAGGUCUGGUCCAGUCUGGUCUAGUCUGGUCAGGUCUGGUCAGGUCUGGUCCAGUCUAGUCUGGUCUGGUCUGGUCUAGUCUGGUCAGGUCUGGUCCAGUCUAUUCUGGUCUAGUCUGGUCUGGUCCAGUCUAGUCUGGUCAGGUCUGGUCCAGUCUAGUCUGGUCUAGUCUGGUCUGGUCCAGUCUAAUCUGGUCAGGCCUUGUGUCUCUAGAGGAGCGGAACAGACAGGAUCAGACAGGAACAGACACGGCCCGUUUGGCGACGAAAUACUUAAAGAUCCAUGAUUAUUAUAACUGAUGGGUCAAUAACACACACACACACACACACCUAUACUUUAGGCCUCAAAUCAAAUCACAUUUUAUUGGUCACAUACACGUGUUUAGCAGAUGUUAUAGCGGGUGUAGCGAAAUGCUUGUGCUUCUAGCUCCGACAGUGCAGUAAUAUCUAACAAGUAAUAUCUAACAAUUUCACAACAUAUACCCAAUACACACAAAUCUAGGUAAGGUAUGAAUUAAGAAUACAUAUAUGGACGAGCGAUGUCAGAGCGGCAUGGACUAAGAUACAGUAGAAUAGUACAGAAUAGAGUAUAUACACAUGAGAUGAAUAGUGCAAGAUAUGUAAACAUUAUUAAAGUGGCUAGUGUUCCAUUUCUUAAAGUGGCCAGUGAUUUCUAGUCUGUCUAUAGUCAGCAGCCUCUAAUGUGUUGGUGAUGGCAGUCUCUACUAUGAUACGAGCCUAUACCAAUUUACUACUACAUUAAAACAAGAUUGUCUUGCUCGUGACUGACCCGGACUGUCUUUCGGUAGUGGAGAGCUGUGACGUGCUGUUGGAAAGCCCCCACCCAGAGGCCCAGGCCCAGCGCGCGCCACCGGUAACGGUAACGGUUCCCGGAGAGGAGAUGCGCGUGGACUUGCAGGGCUCCGACCUGUGGAAACGGUUUCACGAGAUCGGUACAGAGAUGAUAAUCACGAAGGCCGGCAGGUGAGGGAAACAACACUUUAACACACAUCACAGGCUAAAGAAACACUAAAUGAAGAAGAGAGGACAAAGAAGGGGAAAGAAUAACUCGCCUUUUGUCUUGAAGUUUAAAGAUUGUGCAGAUAUUUUAGAAGAUCUUUCUGCUGUGACGGAAAAGGGUUAUUAUUUUAAUUUAAAAAUGUGUUAAAUUAACCGGUCCUUCAAUGUCGCAGUUAUGACACAAGGAUUAUUAAGUGUCUUAACAGAAACUAAAAGCAGAUUUACCGUCUAAUCACAAUUUGUUUGAUUUAACCGGAUUGAUCAGAAACAAAAACAAAAAAGUUUAAUGAAAAGGGAAAUACUGUGAACAUCAUUUUAAUAAAACGUUUUUAAAUAAAACUAAAUUACACAAAACCACCUUUGACUAAAUAUAAUAAUAAUAAUAACAACAACAAUAAGAAUGUUUUAUAAGAAUGUUAUAAGCUACUAUUGCAAUGUUGUUUAAAGGAUAAUUUAGCUAAUUCUGUCGUAGCCUAUAGGUCUACCUGUCAUGCAUAAUUUGUAUUUUCUUAUAGGCUUAGGCCAAGCAUAAUCAUAUAUUAGGCUAAAGCGCUGAUAUUUAUAUAAAUGUGUGAGAAAUGUAUAUUUCAUGGCACGAGAAAAAAGAAUCUGAACAAUUGUAAAAACGACCAACUGACUAUGUUGCGACUCUUUACACAGCCAGUCGAAGAUAAUCGAAAUAUUUAGUGGGCUACAUAUUUGAUGUAUUAAUGUGACACUAUUUGAUGUCUGACUUGAAUGUCUCUCUCCUCCCGGUGCAGGCGGAUGUUCCCCGCUAUGCGCGUGAAGAUCUCGGGACUGGACCCCCACCAGCAGUACUACAUCACCAUGGACAUCAUCCCCGUGGACAACAAACGAUACAGGUUAGGAAUAUAACACUAAAAAUAACUAUUAUAUAGGCCUAAACUAUACAACUGAUAUAGUCCAAACAACCCCGUAGACAACAAAUGAUAAGCUGCUGCAGGUCAGGAAUUAGCCUAUGCAAAAUCACUUUCUUAUAGCCUAUACUAUUGCAGGCAUUUCUGUAAACGUUUACAUAUAGAUUAACGGAGCUAGGCGUCUUGGUUUCUUUGAUAUUAUAGCAUAAAAACCUCGAGAGGUUUAAAGUUGUAAUCGUUUGUGUCGGUGAACUGGAACAAAGCGGCACAAAUGGCGGUUGGGAACCGUCUGUCUGUCAGUCAGCGAUGGUUGUGUCCUUGUUCCGUUUGGGAAGAAACGCCUUUUGGACAGCUAACCUCCAGCACUGACGGUCAAAUAACAAAUGUUGCAAUAACAGGAACACAAAACACACCUUUGAUGUUAUUUUCUCUCUUUGUCUGUCUGUCUGUCUGUGUGUGUGUGUGUGUGUGUGUGUGUGUGUGUGUGUGUGUGUGUGUGUCUGUCUGUGUGUGUGUGUGUGUGUGUGUGUGUGUGUGCAGGUACGUGUACCACAGCUCCAAGUGGAUGGUUGCGGGAAACGCGGACUCCCCGGUGCCGCCGCGUGUGUACAUCCACCCGGACUCGCCAGCUUCCGGUGAAACGUGGAUGCGUCAGGUGAUCAGCUUCGACAAACUCAAACUGACCAAUAACGAGCUGGAUGACCAGGGACAUGUAGGUUACCUAGACAACACUACCUAUUUAUUAUAGAUUUUUAUGUAUACAACACUAAACAUUAUAAUGACUGCAUUAUUACUUGGCCUAAAUCUACUUAAUUUGAUGGAUGGAUGGAUGGGUAGAUAUAUUGAUUGACUGAUUGAUUGAUUUAUGAGCUGGAAAAUCUUGAUCAGAAUGCUAUUUGUAUGAAGUGACUUUAAACUGGAAAAACUUGAGGGAGGGGAUUUCAAAAGAAUAAAUAUGAAAUUGUGCUUGAAAUAUAAUGUUUUAUCAAAUGUUCACUUUUUGAUAUACAGUAGAUGUUGUGGUUGAUAAAAGGACAGAUAUUGUAAAUAUUCUGAAUGAAAGGAUUCUGUUUAUUGAGGUCAUACGUGGGUUGUUUUCAGAGGAAGGAAAUAGAUCACAUUUUCCCCAGAAGUUUAGUUAAGUUAAUUGGAGUAUUUAAAAAAUCAUUGUCAACAGUGAGCUGUAAGCAGACUGAAACCCUUAGGCUAGACAAAACGGUUUGGCCGUUCAAGAGGAACUGUGUGUGUGUUUCUGUGUGUGUGUGUGUUUCUGUGUGUGUGUGUGUUUCUGUGUGUGUGUGUGUUUCUGUGUGUGUGUGUGUUUCUGUGUGUGUGUGUGUUUCUGUGUGUGUGUGUGUUUCUGUGUGUGUGUGUGUUUCUGUGUGUGUGUGUGUUUCUGUGUGUGUGUGUGUUUCUGUGUGUGUGUGUGUUUCUGUGUGUGUGUGUGUUUCUGUGUGUGUGUGUGUUUCUGUGUGUGUGUGUGUUUCUGUGUGUGUGUGUGUUUCUGUGUGUGUGUGUGUUUCUGUGUGUGUACAUGCGUGCCUAUGUGAGUGUGUGUGUGUGCAAGUAUUUGUCUAUGUUUUAUGAUGUGAGAGAAGAGCAGGUAAUUCCAUUGAUGUGUAAUUGUGUAGUUCUUCUGCUGUAUAAUAAUGCCCUAACCGUGUUGUAUGUGUGUGUGUGCUGUGUGUGUGUGUGUGUGUGCUGUGUGCUGUGUGUGUGUGCUGUGUGUGUGUGUGUGUGCUGUGUGUGUGUGUAUGUGCUGUGUGUGUGUGGGUGUGUGUGUGUGUGUGUGGGUGUGUGUGUGUGUGUGUGUGUGCUGUGUGUGUGUGUGUGUGUGUGUGUGUGUGUGUGUGUGUGUGUGUGUGUGUGUGUGUGUGUGUGCUGUGUGUGUGUGCUGUGUGUGUGUGUGUGUUCAGAUCAUCCUCCACUCCAUGCAUAAGUACCAGCCCCGUGUGCAUGUGAUCCAUAAGGAGCGUGGCGAGGAGCUGUCUCCUGUUAGACCCGUUCCCCAGGGAGACGGAACCAGAACACUCAGCUUCCCAGAGACCACCUUCACCACUGUCACCGCAUACCAGAACCAACAGGUAACGUUCAGUCAAAAUUCAGAUAACAUUCACACAACCAUACCAGAAAUAAAACGUAACCUUUACAAAACAUUUACACAGCCAAACCAGAACCAAUAGGUAACCUUUACACAACAUUCACACAACCUCUAAAGUCUAAACAACCAUACCAGAACCUUAAAGGUAAAAGUCAGCCAUUUUUAUCUCAAUAUCAUACUGUGAUUGUUUUCAAUUAAAAUUGUCAAAAAAAUGAAUAAAUAGUGACUUAGCAAAGAGCAAUUUCUCAAGCAUGAAUUUAGCUAGGACUGUCUGGGAGUGGUCUGAGUGGGGAGGGGCAAACGGAACAUUAGCUGUUAUUGGCAGAGAGGUUUGGAACUCUCUUUCUUAUUGGUCUAUUAACUAAUUUACUGCAUGGUGAUGUCACCAUGGCAGGCCAAAACUCACUCCUACCAAAACAGGCUGAUAUCUCAGGUAGCCUUUUCAAACAGCUAUUACACUAAAAGGGAAUUAUCAUCAUUUUCACAAUUUCACAGUAUUAAUCCAACCUCAUAGUGUGAAAAUAUAUAUACAGAACAAAAAUAUGAACUCAACAUUUAAAGUGUUGGUCCUAUGUUUCAUGAGCUGAAAAAAACAUCCCAGAAAUGCUCCAUGCGCACAAAAAGCUUAUUUCUCGCAAAUUUUGUGCACAAAUGUUACAUCCCUGUUAAUGAGCAUUUCUCCUUUGCCAAGAUAAUCCAUUCACCUGACAGGUGUGGCAUAUCAAGAAGCUGAUUAAACAGCAUGAUCAUUACACAGGUGCACCUUGUGCUGGGGACAACAAAAGGCCACUCUAAAAUGUGCAGUUUUGUAACACAACACAAUGCCACAGAUGUCUCAAGAUUUGAAGGAGUUUGCAAUUGGCAUGUUGACUGCAGGAAUGUCCACCAGAGCUGUUGCCAGAGAAUAGAAUGUUCAUUUCUCUACCAUAAGCCGCACCCAACAUUGUUUUAGAGAAUUUGGCAGUACGUCCAACCGGCCUCACAACCACAGACCAUGUGUAACCAGGCCAACCCAGGACCUCCACAUCCGACUUCUUCACCUGAGACCAACCACCCGGACAGCUGAUGAAACUGUGGGUUUGCACAACCGAAGAAUUUCUGCACAAACUGUCAGAAACCGUCUCAGGGAAGCUCAUCUGCGUGCUCGUCAUCCUCAACCGGGUCUUGACCUGACUGCAAUUCUGUGUUGUAACCGACUUCAGUGGGCAAAUGCUCACCUUCGAUGGCCGCUGGCACGCUGGAGAAGAGUGCCCUUCACGGAUGAAACCCGGGUUUCAACUCUACCGGGCAGAUGGCAGACCGCGUGUAUGGUGUCGUGUGGGUGAGCGGUUUGCUGAUGUCAGUGGGGUUAUGGUAUGGGCAGGCAUAAGCUACGGACAGGAAACACAAUUUCAUUUUAUCUAUGGCAAUUUGAAUGCACAGAGAUACCGUGACAAGAUCAUGCAUUAUCAUGUUUCAGCAUGAUAAUGCAUGAUAAUGCACUGCCCCAUGUCGCAAGAAUCUGUACACAAUUCCUGGAAGCUGAAAAUGUCCCAGUUCUUCCAUGGCCUGCAUACUCACCAGACAUGUCACCCGCUGAGCAUGUUUGGGAUGCUCUGGAUCGACAGCGUGUUCCAGUUCCCGCAAAUAUCCAGCAACUUCGCACAGCCAUUGAAGAGGAGUGGGACAACAUUCCACAAGCCACCAUCAACAGCCUGAUCAACUCUGCGAAUGAGAUGCAUCACGCUGCAUUUGGCAAAUAGUGGUCACACCAGAUACGGACUGGUUUUCAGAUCCAUGCCCCUACUUAAAAAAAAAGAAGGUAUCUGUGACCAACAGAUGCAUAUCUGUAUUCCCAGUAAUGUGAAAUCCAUAGAUUAGGGCCUAAUUAAUUAAUUUCAAUUGACUGAUUUCCUCAUAUGAACAGUAACUCAGUAAAAUCGUAGAAAUUGUUGCAUGUUUCGUUUCUCCUUUUGUUCAGUGAACAUCAUGUUGCAUUGGGCAACAUCAUGUUUUUGACUGCACUGGGACUUUAAGACAACCAUACACUGACAUUCACACAACAUUCACACAACAUUCAGACAACCAUACUAGAACGAACAAACAAACAACCAUAACCUAACCUUCGGUCAUCAUACAGCUCAGAAAACACAGCAAAGGGAGUGGCAGGGGAUCAGGCUUUGACUGUAGAGAGUAUUAGAGAAACAUACUGUUAAAAAUCCCCCUUGGUGGUGAGAGAGAGAGAGAGACAGCGAGAGAGAGAGAAAGAGAGAAAGGGAGAGAGAGAGAGAGAGAGACAGAGAGAGAGAGACAGAGACAGUUAGAGAGACAGCGAGAGAGCGAGACAGAGAGAGAGAGACAGCGAGAGAGCGAGACAGAGAGAGAGAGAGAGAGAGAGAGAGAGAGAGAGAGAGAGAGAGAGAGAGAGAGAGCGAAACAGAGAGAGGGAGACACAGCACGCACUCACACACAAAAACACACACAGCACCCUUUGGCAAUGUAAACAUAUUUUUCCCAUGCCAAUAAAUCCCCUUUGAAUUGAAUUCAGAGAGAGAGAGAGAGAGAGAGAGAGAGAGAGAGAGAGAGAGAGAAGGGAAGAGAGAGAGAGAGAGAGAGAGAGAGAGAGAGAGAGAGAGAGAAAAGGGAAGAGAGAGAGAGAGAGAGAGAGAGAGAGAGAGAAGGGAAGAGAGAGAGAGAGAGAGAGAGAGAGAGAGAGAGAGAAGGGAAGAGAGAGUUGUAAGGUUCUAAGGGGCAGUGUGGAACAAGGCUGAUGGAGAAAACACAGUGGACAUUUUGUCCACCAGAUGCUGGACCAGGAAGUCAACCUGACCAGAACUAAACCACCACCGCAUUCUGACCAAUCACAGCAUUGGAUUCUAGCCAAACAGUUGAGCAGCAGUCUUUCAGAUCAGUGAGAUGAAGAAGUUGAAGAGAGGAUAAUUGAGAAAGACUCUGGUCUCUACUGGUCUCUAUCGGUCUCUACUGGUCUCUACCAGUCUCUACUGGUCUCUAAUGGUCUCUACCGGUCUCUACUGGUCUCUACCGGUCUCUACUGGUCUCUACUGGUCUCUACCGGUCUCUACUGGUCUCUACCGGUCUCUACUGGUCUCUACUGGUCUCUACUGGUCUAUACUGGUCUCUAAUGGUCUCUACCGGUCUCUACUGGUCUCUACCGGUCUCUACUGGUCUCUACUGGUCUCUACUGGUCUCUACUGGUCUCCACUGGUCUCUGCUGGUCACUACUGGUCUCUACUGGUCUCUAAUGGUCUCUACUGGUCUCUAAUGGUCUCUACUGGUCUCUACUGGUCUCAACUGGUCUCUACCGGUCUCUACCGGUCUCUACCGGUCUCUACUGGUCUCUUCUGGUCUCUACCUGUAUCAACCGGUCUCUAAUGGUCUCUACUGGUCUCUACUGGUCUCUUCCGGUCUCUAAUAGUCUCUACUGGUCUCUACUGGUCUCUACUGGUCUCAACUGGUCUCUACCGGUCUCUACCGGUCUCUACUGGUCUCUUCUGGUCUCUACCUGUAUCUACUGGUCUCUACUGGUCUCUAUCGGUCUCUAAUGGUCUCUACUGGUCUCUACUGGUCUCUACUGGUCUCUACCGGUCUCUACCGGUCUCUACUGGUCUCUUCUGGUCUCUACCUGUAUCUACUGGUCUCUACUGGUCUCUACCGGUCUCUACCGGUCUCUACUGGUCUCUUCUGGUCUCUACCUGUAUCAACCGGUCUCUAAUGGUCUCUACUGGUCUCUACUGGUCUCUUCCGGUCUCUAAUGGUCUCUUCUGGUCUCUACUGGUCUUUACUGGUCUCUUCUGGUCUCUACUUAUCUAUUCUGGUCUAUAAUGGUCUCUACUGGUCUCUAAUUGUCUCUUCUGGUCUCUACCUGUAUCUACUGGUCUCUACUGGUCUCUACUGGUCUCUACUGGUCUCUACUGGUCUCUACUGGUCUCUUCUGGUCUCUACUGGUCUCUACUGGUCUCUACUGGUCUCUACUGGUCUCUACUGGUCUCUAAUGGUCUCUAAUGGUCUCUACUUGUCUCUACUUGUCUCUACUGGUCUCUACUGGUCUCUACUGGUCUCUAAUGGUCUCUAAUGGUCUCUACUGGUCUCUAAUGGUCUCUACUUGUCUCUUCUGGUCUCUACUGGUCUCUACUGGUCUCUACUUGUCUCUUCUGGUCUCUACUGGUCUCUACUGGUCUCUACUGGUCUCUACUGGUCUCUAAUGGUCUCUACUUGUCUCUUCUGGUCUCUACUGGUCUCUACUGGUCUCUACUGGUCUCUACUGGUCUCUACUUGUCUCUUCUGGUCUCUACUGGUCUCUACUUGUCUCUACUUGUCUCUUCUGGUCUCUACCUGUAUCUACUGGUCUCUACUGGUCUCGUCUGGUCUCUACUGGUCUCUACUGGUCUCUACUGGUCUCUACUGGUCUCUACUGGUCUCUACUUGUCUCUUCUGGUCUCUACUGGUCUAUAAUGGUCUCUUCUGUCUCUACUGGCCUCUACUGGUCUCUACUGGUCUCUACUGGUCUAUAAUGUUCUAUAAUGGUCUCUUCUGGUCUCUACUGGUCUCUACUGGUCUCUACUGGUCUCUACUGGUCUCUACUGGUCUCUACUGGUCUCUACUGGUCUCUACUUGUCUCUUCUGGUCUCUACUGGUCUAUAAUGGUCUCUUCUGUCUCUACUGGCCUCUACUGGUCUCUACUGGUCUCUACUGGUCUAUAAUGUUCUAUAAUGGUCUCUUCUGGUCUCUUCUGGUCUCUACUGGUCUCUACUGGUCUAUAAUGGUCUCUACUGGUCUCUACUGGUCUCUACUGGUCUCUACUGGUAUCUACCGGUCUAUAAUGGUGUCUAAUGUCUCUAAUGUCUCUACUGGUCUCUACUGGUCUACAAUGGUCUCUAAUGGUCUCUUCUGGACUCUUCUGGACUCUACUGGUCUCUACUUAUAUAUUCUGGUCUCUACUGGUCUCUACUGGUCUCUUCUGGACUCUACUGGUCUCUACUGGUGUCUAAUGGUAUUUACCGGUCUCUACAGGUCUCUAAUGGUCUCUACUGGUCUCUUAUGGUAUCUUAUGGUCUCUAUUGGUCUCUAUUGGUCUCUACUGGUCUCAUUUGGUCUCUACUGGAUCUACUGGUAUCUAAUGGUCUCUUCUGGACUCUUCUGGACUCUACUGGUCUCUACUUAUAUAUUCUGGUCUCUACUGGUCUCUACUGGUCUCUUCUGGUCUCUUCUGGUCUCUACUGUUCUCUAAUGGUCUUUACCGGUCUCUACAGGUCUCUACUGGUCUCUACUGGUUUCUUGUGGUGUAUUGUGGUCUCUACUGGUCUAUUCUGGUCUCUACUGGAUCUACUGGUCUUUACUGGUCUCUACUGAUCUCUACUGGUCUCUUCUGGUCUCUACUGGUCUCCACAUUUUGCCAUGAAUUUUGUUCUGGAGUCAGCUCUGCAAAGUGGGUACUAGCUGCCAUAACCACAAAGUCAUAAAAUCAGAUUUUAAACCCAACCCUAACCUUAACCCUAACCUGCUAAAUCUAAUGCCUAAUCCUUACCUUAAAUUAAGACCAAAAAGCCUCCACAUACAAUUUAAUAAUAUCAUCAAAGCUAAAACAACAAAGCUCUGAAGCUUAUUUCCAUAUAUCCUGGACAAUGGCAGUGUGACACACAAUAGAUACCAAAAGGCAGACAAUAUGCAAUCCUGGGCAAUUCUUUCUCACCCCGUACUGUAGUCUUAUGGCGCACUAACUACUUACUGACCACACACAUACUCUCUGUGGUCACUAAAAAUCCCAUGGCACUUAUUGUAAGAGUAGGGGGUGUUAACCCCGGUGUCCUGGCUAAAUUCCCAAUCUGGCCCUCAUACCAUCAUGGCCACUUAAUCAGCCCCAGCUUCCAAUUGGCUCAUUCAGCCCCCCCUAUUAGCAUAAUAAAUCUGACAUUAUGCUAAUAUGGUUGUGUUGCUUGUAUGGUAAUUACGGCAUUAUGCUAAUAUGGUUGUGUUGCUUGUAUGGUAAUGACGACAUUAUGCUAAUAUGGUUGUGUUGCUUGUAUGGUAAUUACGACAUUAUGCUAAUAUGGUUGUGUUGCUUGUAUGGUAAUUACGACAUUAUGCUAAUAUGGUUGUGUUGCUUGUAUGGUAAUUAUGACAUUAUGCUAAUAGGUUGUGUUGCUUGUAUGGUAAUUAUGACAUUAUGCUAACAUGGGUGUUGAUGGUCUGAUGUUGUUGUUGUUGUUGUUGUUGUUGUUGUUGUUGUGUUCAGAUCACCAGGCUGAAGAUCGACAGGAACCCAUUUGCUAAAGGCUUCAGAGACUCAGGCAGAAACCGGUGA